CAUCACCGGCCCCGCCUCCGCCUCCAUAACUCCAUUAACUGCCGAAGCCGAGCUUGGCAUCAAGGCGCAACAGCCAUCGCCAGUUCACCACCCUGCACUUACAGUUAUCACACUCCCCCGCCGUCCCCGCAUACCACUACUAGUAAUACCUCCACCGCUUUGCUCUGCUCCUUGUUCAUUCCUUGCUUUGCUCGAUGCAACGGCACGAAUGGUAACACUGCCCUGUUUGCUUGUAAGCUGAGCUGAGCUCGGUAGGGAGAAUGGGUGAACUGGCGGCGCCGGCGGCAGCGGGUAGCCAAGAACCAGAGCAGGACGAGCAGGGGAGGCUCGCGGCGGCACUGGACGCCAUAAACUCUUUGAUCUCCGCUUCCUUCUCCGCCUCCCUCUUCCCGCUCAAGUGGCAGCUCAUCAGGGACAGGCUCAACCGGCUCCACGGCGGCCUCGCGGACAUCACCAUCAUCGCGCCCAACGACGGCGGCGAGAGGCACGAGGCGUUCGACGGCCUGCUGCGCGACGUCGCGGGCGCGGUGAGGGAGGCGCGGGAGCUGGUGCCGCGGAGCCAGGGGAAGCACUACGGCGGCGGCAAGCUGCGGCUGCGGAGCGACCUCGACGUCGUGGCGUCCACGCUCGACGCGCACGUGGCCCGGCUCGACGAGGUGUGCGCGUCGGGCUCGCUGACGCGCGCGCGGGCGCUCGUGGUGCCGCGGCCCUGCGCCGGCGCCAGCCGCGAGGACGUGCGGUUCUACGUGCGCGACCUCUUCGCCAGGCUCCGGGUGGGCGGCGCGGAGAUGCGGAGGGAGGCCGCCGCCGCGCUCAACGAGGUGCUGCGCGACGACGAGAAGUGCGUGCGGGUCGUCGUGGCCGACGUCGCCGACGGAGUCAGCCUUCUCGUCGGGCUGCUCGAGUGCCAAGACGCGCGUGUCCAAGAAGAGGCCCUGGACGCCGUGUCGAUGAUCGCCGGGUUCGACGCUUACAAGGGCGACCUCGUCGUCGGCGGAGUCAUCGCUCCGGUGAUCCGGGUUCUUGACACUGGUGCCGGCCCGGCAGCAAAGGGGCGAGCCGCGCGGGUGCUCAGCAAGCUCACGGAGAAUGCCGACAACGCGUGGGCCGUCGCCGCGCACGGCGGCGUCACGGCAUUGGUCAACGUCUGCUCUGACCGCCGCGCCAGCGGCGGCGAGGUCGUGUGCGCGGCGUGCCGGGUGCUGAGGAGCCUCGUGGGCGUCGACGAGAUCAGGAAGUACAUGGUGGCCGAUGCCGGGGCGGUGCCGGUGCUCGUGUCGCUCCUGCAAGGCCCCGCGGACGACGCGGCGCAAAUCCAGGCAAUCGAGCUCCUCGCCGCGAUCGCCUCCGGCGACAGCUCGUCCAGGGAGGUCGUGCUCCAGGAGGGCGCCGUCGAUUCCCUCGUCCGUGCGCUCGACCCGGGCAUCCCGCGCUCCUCGAAGGCACGGGAGGUGGCGCUUCGAGCCAUCGACGCGAUCUGCUUCUCGUCGCCGGACUCGGUCGAGCGGCUCGUCGGCGCCGUGUUCGUCAACCGCGUCCUCUUCUUCCUCCGCAACGGCGACAGCACGCUGCAGCAUUGCGCCCUAAAGGCGGCGCACCGCCUGUGCCACGUGUCGGAGGAGACCAAGAAGGCGAUGGGCGACGCCGGGUUCAUGCCGGAGCUGGUGGGCAUCGUCCAGGCGGCCAAAUCCCUCGAGACGAGGGAGAUGGCGGCGGAGGCGCUCUGCGCCAUGAUGUCCGUGCACCGCAACCGGAAGCGCUUCGUCCAGGACGAGCGCAACGUGGCGCAGGUACUUCAGCUGCUGGGCCCCGACGAGGAGAAACCCUCGCCGGCGAAGCGGUUCUUGCUGUCGACGCUGGUGCACCUGACCGACAGCAGCUCCGGCCGGAGGAAGAUCAUGUCAUCGGAGCAUGUCAGGAAUCUUGAGAAGCUCGCGGAGACGAAUGUGAUGGAUGCCAAGAAAAUCGUGAAGAAGCUUGGGGGGAGCAAGCUGAAGAACAUGUUCCAUGGCAUUUGGAGCCUGUGACCAGGAAGAUACUUCAUUAGUACUGUUUGUAUUGCUAGCUAACACAUAUAUGUUCACUCCACAUUUUGUUACUGUGAAUGAACGAAUAUCACUAUGGUGUGUUGCUACGGACACAACACAUCCCAUACGCACGGGCAGUUUCCUCUGUAUAUUUCCCAUCUCUGUCAAAUAAAGGUAUAAUCAACGUCAUUCUCCACCAUCUAUUUCCACUCA